AUGCCUUCCGCAGUGGACGUUGGGGCUGCGCUUCCUGCCCCGAAAAAGUUCAAGGCCUCCGAUUUACCGCUCCCAUCAGCGACACGAACGGCUAUCGAGGGCCUGGCGCAUUCAUUUAAGAAAAAGGGCGGCUACGAUGCGAUUCGCAAACAAGUGUGGGAGAAGUUUGAGGCUAGCGACUAUGAGGCUCAGGUUACCAAAGCCAUCCUUGAAGUCGCCGAGCAGGAGGUCGAGCGCAACCCGAAUCAGCUCUUGACUCUCGACCGCCGAAAAGCCGCAGCUCUCAUCGAUGGCGCCCUCGACCGUGGUGGUGUUUAUCAGAAGGCGGAGGAGGUCAUCGGAGCGCUGAUUGAUGCCGAAGCCAUCGAAGCACACAUCCGCCAACUACGUAUCGCGGAAGUAGGCGAGGAAGUUGCCGAAGAAGAACGACUACGCGGCUCCAAGACAGAUGAAGAAUACGCAGCCGAGACGGCUGCUCGUCGAGCCGAGAGGGAACGUGUACGGGAAGAGUUGAGGGCCGUGGAGGAGAAGAAACGACAGCUUGAACGGGAGAUCAAGGCUAAGGAGGAAGCGAAGAGGCGGGAGGUUGAGCGAGCCGCCCGCGAGGAGCGGAGAAAGAAAGAGCGGGAGGAG